GGAUGCGGGUGCUGAGCUAUGGCAGAGGGCAGCGAAGUGACGGGCGAGACCCGCGUAAGACUGUGAAAGCCACCUGGAGCCACCUUGCCUGGAUCGUACCUGCGGGCAGAAAGUCUUCCUACGAUCGUCUUUCCUCUAGAGGCACCAGAGUCCCUGUAACCAUUCUGCCAGGUGUUGGGAAGAUAUGUAGUAGCUGAGCACCCUUACUUCUGUCACCAUCCUCAAAAUCAACUUUGGAGAUGCUUUCACCUUGUCCAUCUUCUGCAGCAGCCAGGCACAGCACUGACUCCUUCUCAGUAGUGAGGAACUCUUCAGGCUCCAGAAGCUCUUAAAUCUGAUCUACAAUGGAAAAAUUUCUUUUUUAUCUGUUUUUCAUUGGCAUAGCAGUGAAAGCUCAGAUCUGUCCAAAGCGUUGUGUCUGUCAGAUUUUGUCUCCUAAUCUUGCAACCCUUUGUGCCAAGAAAGGACUUUUAUUUGUGCCACCAAACAUUGACAGAAGAACUGUGGAACUGCGUUUGGCAGACAAUUUUGUUACAAAUAUUAAAAGGAAAGAUUUUGCCAAUAUGACCAGCUUGGUGGACCUGACUCUAUCCAGGAAUACAAUAAGUUUUAUUACACCUCAUGCUUUUGCUGACUUACGGAAUUUGAGGGCAUUGCAUUUGAAUAGCAACAGAUUGACUAAAAUUACAAAUGAUAUGUUCAGUGGGCUUUCCAAUCUCCAUCAUUUGAUAUUGAACAACAAUCAGCUGACUUUAAUUUCUUCUACAGCAUUUGAUGAUGUCUUUGCCCUCGAGGAGCUGGAUCUGUCCUAUAAUAAUUUAGAAACAAUUCCAUGGGAUGCUGUUGAGAAGAUGGUUAGCUUGCAUACCCUCAGUUUGGAUCACAAUAUGAUUGAUAACAUUCCCAAAGGGACUUUCUCCCACUUGCACAAGAUGACUCGGCUAGAUGUAACAUCAAAUAAAUUGCAGAAGCUACCGCCUGACCCUCUCUUUCAGCGAGCUCAGGUCCUAGCAACCUCAGGAAUCAUAAGCCCAUCUACUUUUGCAUUAAGUUUUGGUGGAAACCCUUUGCACUGCAAUUGUGAAUUGUUGUGGUUGAGGCGUCUGUCCAGAGAAGAUGACCUGGAGACCUGUGCUUCCCCAGCGCUUUUAACUGGCCGCUAUUUUUGGUCAAUUCCUGAGGAAGAGUUUUUGUGUGAGCCUCCUCUCAUUACUCGUCAUACACACGAGAUGAGAGUCCUGGAGGGUCAAAGGGCAACCCUGAGGUGCAAAGCCAGGGGAGACCCCGAACCUGCAAUUCACUGGAUUUCUCCUGAAGGGAAGCUUAUUUCAAAUGCAACAAGAUCUCUGGUGUAUGAUAAUGGGACACUUGACAUUCUUAUAACAACUGUUAAGGAUACAGGUGCUUUUACCUGCAUUGCUUCCAAUCCUGCUGGGGAAGCAACACAAACGGUGGAUCUUCAUAUAAUUAAGCUCCCUCACUUACUGAACAGUACGAACCAUAUCCAUGAGCCUGAUCCUGGUUCUUCAGAUAUCUCAACUUCUACUAAGUCAGGUUCUAAUGCAAGCAGUAGCAAUGGUGAUACUAAAAUGAGUCAAGAUAAAAUUGUUGUGGCAGAAGCAACGUCAUCUACGGCACUACUUAAAUUUAAUUUUCAAAGAAAUAUCCCGGGAAUACGUAUGUUUCAAAUCCAGUACAAUGGUACUUAUGAUGACACCCUUGUUUACAGAGGCCGGAGUUAAUCUGAAGAGCACCACUUCUCUCUCUCCUGAAAAAAAUUGCCACUGAUAUUUUUGCUGGAUAAAAUUUAAAAAUGUUUCAAUUCACAAAGGCUAAUUGUUGAACUGCUGUCCCAGAAGAAAUUGUCCACAGGAGCCGAAGCAGAAGUCUCUGAUGCCGCAGAACUGGCUCUAUCAGACCAUGGUUCAUCCCCUUUUAAAACCAAAACUUUUUUUUUUCUUCUGGCCUACAAGUAUUUUUUUUUUUUAAAGAAGUAAAGAAAAAAGCCUACAUUGGCAUCGAGUCCUGUAUCAAUCCAUGUUACAUUGCCAUCCAUGAUUUAAGACUGUAGAAUCUUAAAUAAUCUAUAUCACUUUAACAAAUAAAUGUUUUACUAUGA